AAUUGAAUUGCACGACUGUGUCGAUUUGACCUGCUGUCUCGACCGGUAGCUCUGUUGAAUUCUGGAAGCAGCAGUACCUGCCGAGAGACCGCCUUCUUCCAACCUCGUUGUCUCUAUCACACGGGCAAUCAAGAAAGGUGUCAGGUCAGCCUUGGUUUUGGCCCGUCAUUGCCCAAGCAAUCAGACACGAGUCCAUCCAUAUAUAAUAUAAAAUAAAGAAGCCCAACACCGGCACUCACAGCAAUCUACCUGCGUACAACACAAUCAAACACAAACACAAGCAUAGGCACAAGCACAAGAACACACCGUCACGGCCAGCAAAAACAAUGUCGUCCGCCUCGGCCUCGUCCUCGGCGCGGUCGGCGACGCGCCGGCUGCUCAAGGAGCUCACGGCCUGGCACGCCGAGUCGGGCGCCGAGGAGGGCGUGGAGCGGCUGGGCCCGGCGCGUGAGGGCGAGCUGCUGCGGUGGGAGGCGGUCAUCAACGGGCGGGGGAUCGGCGGCGGCUACGACGGCGGCCGCUGGCUGCUCGACAUCACCAUCCCCGCCACCUACCCUCUGCACCCGCCCGCCGUGCGCUUCGUCACGCCCGUCGUGCACGCAAACGUCGGGCUCGCCGACGGCGAGGUCUGCCUCGACCUGCUCAAGGAGGCCUGGACCCCGGCCUACAGCGUCCUCGAGACGGUCCGCGCCGUCCGCCUGCUGCUCGCCACCCCCGAGCCCGACUCGCCCCUCAACGUGGACGUGGCCGCCCUCGUCCGCGCCGGCGACGCCAUGGGCGCCGCGCGGCUCGUCGAGUUCUGGAUCCGCGACGGCGGUGGCAGGUACGACGGUGAGUGAGUGAGUCAGUAGUGUGUGCGGCCGCCAGUCGGGCGCGAGCGGGUUAUACCUCGCGUUACAUCAGUUUGUCGACGGAUGAUGGACUCUGGGGGGUGGUGGUCACUUUUGUUUUCGUCGUCGAGACGAGGCCGGUCACGCGGGGAAGGUUACGAUGUCACUUGGAUGUUUCCUCUGCUUUUUGGUGUGUCUGUCCUUUUGUCCUUUUUAUCGUUAUAGAAGUUGUAAUCAUACGUACUAUAAUCUAGAGCUCGGUCGACGAAGAAGUAGCAGCUAGAGAGGAAAAAGGCUCAUAUGUAGGGUCCAAUGGUGGGGUAAGGUUACUUGCUAUAUGGGCCAAGCUAUUGAAAGUGAAAGUUCUCGAGCAGCUUCAGGUGGGGGACGGACGAAGAGGAACAUAGACGGGAAGCAUUGGAAAAGAUGAAAAGCACUUGACUAUGCGCUCAAAUCACAAUCAGGGUAUCCC